CGACAGCGCCGCUGUUUGUCUGUCGUCUUGUCUGCAGCCAGGUCUGAAUGAACAACAAGAACUGCGUACAGCUCAUGUAAAAUAGUUCCUGGAUUUAAACCCAGGGCGGUUCGGUUCUGUGAACACAUAUACCCAAAACAGGUCGCAGCUGAAGCGGAGCAGCAUUCUGAGAAUGGCUCUGUCCGGCUCGGAAGCGACGGACCCGGAUGAGCGCGGGGAGUCGUUCGUCCUGCGCGCGGUCAAGAUAGCGGCGGUGGUCGCGCUCUACUGGUUCGUCUCCAUCACGAUGGUCUUCCUCAACAACUUCCUGCUGGACAACCGGGAGCUGGACGCGCCGCUCUUCAUCACUUUCUACCAGUGCCUGGUGACCGUGGGGCUGUGCUGGCUCAUGCAGCUGGUCGCCAGGCUGUGCCCGGGAGUCGUCGACUUCCCCGCGGUCAGAUUCGACCUGAAGACGUCGCGCGAGGUCCUGCCGCUGUCCGUGGUCUUCAUCGGGAUGAUCACCUUCAACAACCUGUGCUUGAAGUUUGUCGGGGUGGCUUUUUACACCGUUGGCCGAUCCCUCAGCACCGUCUUUAACGUGCUGCUGUCCUUCGUGAUCCUGAAACAAACCACAUCUUUGCAUGCCAUAAUCUGCUGCGGGAUCAUACUGGGUGGAUUCUGGCUCGGCGUGGACCAGGAAGGCCUGGCUGGCUCCCUGUCUUGGACGGGCGUGUUUUUCGGGGUGCUGGCAAGUGCCUUUGUCUCUCUCAACGCCAUCUACACCAAGAAGGUGAUGCCUGCUGUGGACGGAAGCAUCUGGAAGCUGUCCUUUUACAACAACAUCAACGCGUGCGUCCUCUUCCUUCCCCUCAUCCUCGUCUUCGGGGAGGUGGGCAGAGUAGCCAGCUUUAGCCGCUUGACCGACCCCAGCUUUUGGGGGAUGAUGACUCUGGGAGGAGUGUUUGGUUUCGCCAUUGGCUACGUCACAGGCCUCCAGAUCAAAUUUACCAGCCCGCUCACCCAUAACGUCUCAGGAACGGCAAAGGCCUGUGCUCAAACCGUUAUAGCGGUGGUGUACAACCAGUCCACUAAGAGCCUCCUGUGGUGGACCAGCAACAUGAUGGUUCUUGGGGGCUCCUCGGCGUACACGUGGGUCAAAAGUAGAGAAAUGCAGAAGACUACACACAAAGGGCCUCAGGACUCUGCUAAGGAAAAACUGCUACCUGCAGAGAAAGAAAACCCUGGCGUCUAACCACAUCUGGUUGGUACAGAGCCUCUUUCCUAAAGUGGCGUAUGAAUGUGAAAUACUCUUGCAUUUAGAAUGUUUGUGAUUUUUAAAUAAUGCAAGAGUCUUUUUAAGAGGUUAUUUAUAGACUUUCUGUCAGCUUCUUACUACUGUUUUGUACUUAUUUUUUCAUUCAUGGUCUAGUACAUAAGGAAAGGGAAGAAGAAAACACUCCUAAAGAGAGAUUAUUACUAGGAUUGUGGUAUUGUCGGAAAAAUGUACUGCACUUUUUUUUUUAUUUACAAAUUCUUUAUCUUUCCUACACAUCAAUUGUGACUACAGACUUUUCAUAAAGAAAAUAUUUUUCUUUAAAUCAAAGGGAUCCACGAUUAGUUGUAACAAUGGACUUUAUUUGAGAAAUAUCUAUUUUAGAUGGAAAAACAAUAGUCAAUUGAAAUAAAAUAUUGUUACACGGAAAUCGGCAUUUUGGUUACACUGCAAUGCAUUCUGGGUAAGUUACGUAUAUUAGGCGCCAGCGCUCGCUCAGUCCAGCCAAAACAGCAAUGAGUAACAGUAAAGUUUUUCAGUUUGAACCGGAGCGCGUUGGUCCGGUCUUCGGUCCGUUAACACCUGUUUAGGGUCCGGUCUUCGGUCCGGAGUCCGGUCUGUGAUUUCACAUUCGGUAAUCGGUACCGGCGGCAGUAGUUUUGUUAUUUUAAGGGGAUUCUGGUGUUGCCUGUCCGAUGUUUCUCCCAGCGUCUUUCCCUCGCAAGGCGGCGGCGUUAGACGCUUUAUGGAUAAAAGUACGGCAUGGCAACUGCUUUUAGCUUGCAAGGGUAACGCCCACCCGUUAGCUCCUUCAUCAAUUAUGUUGGUAAAAAUGACUCAAAGUCUUCUGGAGAGAAGUGUACAAAUGUGGGUCCAUCGGAGGCUGUCUUUUCCCAACAGUGCUCUGCUUUUUUCUUCAUUUGGGAAACAAGGAAGAAUCACCUCACCUUUUCUGCUGUGUUUUUUUCAUUUAAUUUUUUUUUAUUAUGAAAGCCAACAGCAACACCAUGUGGCAUUGUCCUAAUUUACACCAAUGAAAACCCAAUAUGUUAAAAAACAACAAGGGUCAUGUUAACCUUCCUGUGUUAACUCUAGGUUACCUUUCCAGUAAGGUCUAACAGUGUCAUCAACCCAGCAUGCAUUGCGCAUGUGAAAAAAUAAAUAAAUAAAUAAUUGACCUCCACAGUUGAAAAAUAUAACAAAUAAUCUAUACAUUUUAAAGUAAUUAUGAGAUUCUAUGUAUCACAAACAGCAAUUUUGAAGUUAAUAGGAAAGUAACAUAUUUAGGCCAACAUGUUCAACUAGUCAUGGAUCCCUUUAAAGAUGCUGUUAUCUAUUAUUUUGGGUUUUGAUGCUUUCUCAGCAUUAGCUUUAAGGGUAGAAGGACCAAACUGCAAUUAGAGGGUGCUUAGUAGUUUGAGGAGGAUGAAACAGACAAGUAGCCUGCUGUUAGUGGACCAUCAGAUAUUUAAUUUUCAAAGAAAAACUCCCCCUUCUGAAUGCUUUACCGCUAUGAACGAGUCAUUAUCUGCUAGAUAUUUAUUCUGAGCUGGGACAGUUUUAAAUUUGUAUUAAAGUCUGUUGGUUUUAAGCAAAGAUGGCAUGAGAGAAGGAAGAUAAUUGACAGUGCCAUUGGGGAGCUGUGUUUCACUGCACCAUCUGUUAAUUGAUGGUAUUCAAUGAGGUUGGUUAAAUAUCACAAGUUCAUAUUGAAAACUUUGAAUUAAUUUGAAAUCAUUGCACCUUUUCUUGUUUAUCAGGACCAGCUGGAGCUGGAACUUCUUUAGAGUAAACUUUGUACUUUAUUUUUAUUGCCUUUGAUGAUUGAUUUUUAAUAUACUCUAAUAAAUGUGAUAUUUUGACAUUCUUGUCAAAUAAAACUUG